UCGUUUGCGCAAAGACAUCUGGAAAUCUCCAAUAUGUAGAAAACAAAAGUGUGAGUUUGGGUGUUUUGUGACCAGGACAAGUUGUUCCCACGUCUAUGGGUGUGAGUACUGUUUCUUCACGUUAUGCGUAAAAGCGAUUAUUCAUUUGCUCAGUCUCAUUCUCCAUCUGAGCCACACUCUGCUUCACUUUAAGCUCUACACCUGCACCUGCCGGAUGUUAAUUGAAAAUAAUCGACAAGUUUGAGGAGAGAGAGAGAGAAAGAGAGAGAUGGAGGCACGCUUCAGCACGCUGGACAGCACUCGUGGAAGUUGGAGAGGACAGGGACGCGCGCACACAGGAGGAUUUAAUUGAAAAUAAUCUUUGGAGGAGCUCCUGCAGGGAUCAUGGUUGAUUUUAAUUCCUUAUUAUCACCAACAACAGGUAACCCGAGAGGGGACUUUCCGGAGUGAGACAUGGACUUUGCUGACGUUAUCUUCGCUCUGUUCAUCAUCGUGGUCGCGGUGGUCUCGCUGUUGUCCAACUUGUUGGUGCUGCUAUGCUUCGUCCACAGCACCGAGAUCCGCCGACAGGUGCCCGGGGUCUUCACCAUGAACCUGUCCUUCUGCAACAUCCUCAUCACUGUGCUCAACAUGCCGGCCACCCUGGUGGGGGUCAUCCGGGACCAGCAGCCUUUCGGGGAUUGCAUUUGCCACACGGUGAGCUUCCUGGAGACUUUCCUCACCGCCAACACCAUGUUGAGCAUGGCGGCGCUCAGCAUAGACCGGUGGAUCGCGGUGGUGUUCCCGCUCAGCUACUCCGCCAAGAUGCGCUACAAGGACGCGCUGAUCAUGGUGUGCUACUCCUGGCUGCACUCCUUCACCUUCUCCCUCACGGCCCUGCUCUUCUCCUGGGUGGACUACAGCUCAGUGUACGCGUCCUGUACCUUACAGCCCACAGUGGAAGGGGGAGACAGGAUUAAGUUUACUAUCUUCACAGUGGUUUUUCACGCCACCAGCUUCAUGCUCUCCCUGCUCAUAUUGUGUUUCACAUACUUGAAGGUGCUGAAAGUGGCGAGGUUUCACUGCAAAAGAAUUGACAUUAUCACCAUGCAGACUCUGUUCCUCCUGGUCGACAUUCACCCAAGCGUGAAACAAAGAUGUUUAGCAGAGCAAAAGAGGAGAAAGCAGAGAGCCACCAAGAAGAUCAGCAUCUUCAUCGGCUCGUUCAUCAUCUGCUUUGCCCCCUAUGUUAUCACAAGGUUGGUCGAGCUUCUCCCCUUCGUGGACAUCAACCGCCGCUGGGGAAUCAUCAGUAAGUGCCUGACAUACAGCAAGGCUGCGUCGGACCCCUUUGCCUACUCCCUCCUUCGUCAGCAGUACAAGAAAGUCCUGGUUACUGUCGUCAACAGGCUGCUCCGUCGUGACCUGUACCCUUCGUCUGGCCACAACAGCUCUUUAGACACGGAGAACGACUACUGUCUCCAGAGGAUCAGCUAAUGGCAAAUGCGCGGCGGAAAUGGCAGAUACACAUGACGGGCCUAAAAUAUACGUUGCCUCAUGGAAGAAGGUGGGCGGAGGAGAAGAAUGAGAAGAGACACAGGAUAUUGUAAAGGAGGGGAAAUCGAGCUGAUGGAGGGGACAUCAUGUGGGUUGGGGUGAAGAGAGAGCAUACGUAAGGAAGGCAGUGGGUGGAGAAGAAUGACAAGACACUGAGAGGGAGGGUGAAGGGGCGAAAGAGGAGAUGGAUAGGGAGCGACGAGAACAAUGUGGAAACUUUGUCCUUAGACAGAAUUGGCAAACAAGACAUCUGUGAUUCAUCGGCGUAAACACACAAAACCACAUAGAUCACACAAAUCAAUUUCUUCAGAGGAGUCGUGGGUUCAGAUGAAUCUCAAACUGAAGGACAAAGCAGCCGACACGGUCCCUUCUUCUCUUUGAGCAACAUGUAUAAAGUGGCCUUUUGUACUGAACCUAACACUUUGUAAUGAUUUUGGCAAAAUCCACAUGUAGAGACCUUUCUUCUGUCACCAAACGCAGGGACAGAGCUGGGAGCGGAUAGUCGAUAGAAGCUGGAGCGAAAAGAAGGAAAUACUUUUUUGCUACAGCUUCUGGAUAAUUUACUCAACUGCUGCACAUUAUUGCCAUGUUCUGUAUUGACCAUGUUAGACUACUUCGCAGUGUCAUGUCAGUCACUGAAUAUUGAUGCACUUUGUCUAAUUCUCUCAGAGCUACUAUAGUUACAGGAGCCAAAGGCAAAUAACAUUUACAACAUGAUUUUAAAUGGUAAGAUUGGUGAUAUUUUAUAUAUUUUUCUUGUUGUUAACGAGGUCCGUGAAAAGAGCAAAAUUAACAAUGUAUCACUCCAUUACUCAGUAUUUUUCGGACCCUUUUUUUC